AGCCCGUGGCCGGCGUAGUCAGUAGGUGGCGGGGCUAGCUGCAGAGCUGGGGAGGAACAGGAGCGGGGGGUGAGGAGAGUGGAAGCGGCUCAUGUCUGUGCGCUAGGCGGGGGCCCUAGAGCUCCUCGUAGUAGGACUGUGUGCUACCACUGUACUGCCGCGCUACAGAGAGGGAAGGAGACGGCUGCGCGCUGUGCCAGAGGGACCGGGAGCUGCUGCUUGGAUGAAAGUUUGCUCGGAUGUCGGUGCAGGCGACAUAAACAGUCAUGUUAAAGUGAAGCAGAAAGGUGCCGUGCAGAACAUGCUAAGGAGACUGGACAAGAUCAGGUUCAGAGGUCCGAAGAGAGAAGAGUUCCCGUACUUAGCCGAGUCUCCCAAUGCUUCUGAUACAGAAUAUGGCGAUGAAAUCACCCUGAAAAUAACUCGAUCAUCAAAAGAAAAUGAAGAUUUGAAGGACCCUGCUAGUUCAGAUACCAUCAUCAUGGCUUCCGGAAUAGCAGACUAUAACCGGACGGAGGCUGACCGACUCAAUGAGGUUAAGGGGCAUCUGGAAAUUGCCUUACUGGAAAAGCACUUUUUGCAGGAAGAGCUCAGGAAGCUACGGGAAGAGACCAACAUUGAAGCGUUAAAGCAGGACCUGGAAAAGGAAAGGCAAAAAAGGGUCGAACUGGAACAGAAGAUGACCGAAUUGACGAAAGCAAGGAGUGAAGAAUGUGUGGCACAACCACCUUCAAAGGGACAGACUCAGAACAAUGGAACAGAUAAACCCAGAAAGCAAACUUUGUGCUCUAGAGUUCAGAAAUGGUUUUAUGAUCGUUUCGGUGAAUAUAUCGAGGAUUUCCGAUUUCAGCCUGAAGAGAACACGGUUGAAACAGAAGAACCGCUGAGUGCUCGAAGGUUGACAGAAAAUAUGAGAAGAUUAAAGAGAGGUGCCAAACCUGUUACAAAUUUUGUGAAGAACCUUUCUGCCUUUUCAGACUGGCAUUCUGUGUAUACGUCUGCUAUUGCCUUUAUUAUUUACAUGAAUGCUGUGUGGCAUGGCUGGGCCAUUCCUAUGUUUUUAUUCUUAGCUAUUUUGAGGUUAUCCCUAAAUUACCUCAUUGCCAGGGGUUGGAGGAUACAGUGGUGCAUUGUGCCUCAAGUUUCAGAACCUAUAGAGCCUCCAAAGGAAGACCUGACGGUUUCUGAGAAGUUUCAGUUGGUUCUCGAUGUAGCACAGAAAGCACAGAACCUUUUUGGAAAGAUGGCAGACAUACUGGAAAAAAUUAAAAAUCUAUUCAUGUGGGUACAGCCAGAAAUUACACAGAAGCUAUAUGUUUGCUUAUGGGCGGCCUUCAUCACAUCCUGCUUAUUUCCAUAUAGACUAAUUGGACUCUGUAUAGGGCUCUACGCUGGAAUAAAGUUUUUCCUCAUUGACUUCGUUUUCAAGCGAUGCCCAAGGCUUCGAGACAAGUAUGACACUCCAUACAUUAUCUGGACAAACCUACCUACAGAUCCACAACUUAAAGAACGAACAAAUGUAACUGCGUCUAGAAGGCUGUCAGGGCAUGAAAAGAUGCAGUCAGUAUCGAGAGUUAAUGUGACUUCCGGAGCUCCACAAACAACAAGCCGAGAUGAGGAGGGAGGAAGAUACCAUACUGCAAAAAAGAGCAGUUUUCUUGAGGUCUUCAGUUUAUCAGAAACGGAGCGCCCCUUGCCAGCUUGUGAAACUGGCUGGCGCUGCUGCUUGAUUAAUAGAGAUCGUAAAAUGCCCACAGACUACAUCCGAAAUGGUGUGCUUUAUGUUACAGAAAACUACUUAUGCUUUGAAAGCUCAAGAUCUGGUUCAUCAAAGCGGAACAAAGUGAUAAAAUUAUCAGAUAUUACAGACAUCCAGAAGUAUAAAGUUCUUUCAGUUCUCCCAGGAUCUGGCAUGGGAAUUUCAGUUACAACCCCAUCAACACAAAAGCCACUUAUCUUUGGUGCCAUGGGGCACAGAGAUGAAGCAUUUGAGACCAUCUUCAGCCAAUAUAUGAAAAUCACUUCUGCAGCAAUGAACAGUGACACAUGAGAUACAACGUCAUCAGUCACCUUGACUUUAUAAUCUUCAUUUUUGCCUUCCACUUCUUUAGUCUAUUUUGCAAUAACCUAAUUGAAUAGUGGGGAUUUAUUUUGCUGUUACAGAGAGAAAGCAUUCUGUCUUUUAUACGUGCUUUAUUUUUUUUAAGCAUCUUCCCCUAUUUUUUUACGAAAUGGUUCACCUGGCAAACAAUUGUUCCCUUGUUUCAUGUACUAUAUUUUUAUGUUUAUUUUAAUGUGUGUACUGUGAAAAGUCUGAAAUUGAUUGGUUUUCAGUCAGAUAUGUGGUACAAUAGUACUGUUUUGAGAGAAUUUGUUACAUAGAGCAGUAAAAACACAGAUAACUAUUGGAAAACUGUUUCUAAUACGUUUCCCCUGAAAGUGAUCUAUGAAACAUAAAAAUUGCACUUGGUUUGAUGUCAAAUAAUGAAAUCCCUAUGGCCCUGGAAGCCAUAAUGCCUAGAAAUAACCCUAAAAUGCAUCACUGCUUUUUUUAGUCAUCCGGCUUUUUUGAUGGGAUAUUGAUAAAAACAGCAAAGAUACUGUAGUUGUAUAAUGUGGGGAACUUCCUUUGUAAAGAGUUUUCCCUAUGCAGCUGUAGUUCCCAGUAUUCCAUUUAUACAGUUGGCAAUACACAUCAGAGGUGAACCGAACACUUUUCACCAUAUUGUAUUAGGGUACUUUCACACUUGCGUUGUUUGAUUCCGGCAGGCAGUUCUGUUGCCUGCAAGUGUUCCAUUUAUUUGGCCAGCGAUAAAACCGUAGCAUGCUGCGGUAUUAUCGCCGCCCUGAAAAGUCAAAAAGACUGAACUGAAGACAUCCUGAUGCAUCCUGAACGGAUUGCUUUCCAUUCAGAAUGCAUGGGGAUAAUACUGAUCAGUUCUUUUCCGUUUAUAGAACCCCUAGGAUGGAACUCUAUGCCGGAAAAGAAAAACGCUAGUGUGAAAGUACCCUUAGCUGUAAGCAUGCAUUUUAGUGAUGCAUUUUAACUUUAAAAAUGAUCUUUUAUGGGGUUCAAUGUCAAGAUAAAUCUAGUACUUAUCAUAAGUUAAAGGCUGUGACCUCCUUUGGAGACAAUUUUUGUUUAUCAUUGAAUUUUACUUAUUUGUGGCUUAAUUUUUUUUUUUUUUUUCAAUUGGUCUUUAUUUAAAAAAAAAUAAUUCCAAAGUUUUUGGUCUACAGCCUUCACUUGCAGUAUAUCUGCAGACUGGUUUAAUUAUUCUUUUACAUUGAAUCCAUCAGACAGCAGCUCUUAUGGCUCCAUGUGUAGCCUUCACCUCUGAACUCCUAGCAGCUCAUAAAUACUCAUUUAAGGGUACUAGCGUUACAGUUUUCCGGUAUUCAGUUCUGUCAUAGGGGCUCAAUACUGGAAAAAAAAAAAACACUUCUUCAGUUUUGUCCCAGUACAUUCUGAAUGGAGAGCAAUCCGUUCAGUAUGCAUCAGGAUGUCUUCAGUUCAGUCCCCUUUACGGUAUUUGGCCACAGAAAAUACUGCAGCAUGCUGUGGUAUUUUCUCUGGCCAAAAUUCCAGAACACUUGGCGGAUUCCUGGAUCCGGCAUGAUUUUCCAUUGACAUGUCUUAAAGCCGGAUCCGGUACCAAGUGUUCCAGAAAAACGGAUGCACAGACCUUUAAAUCUGUGAAAAAGAUAAAUACUGAAACAAAUGAUAUCUGUUUGCAUACAGAUUUCCAGAUCCGGCAGGCAGUUCCAGCAACAAAACUGCCUGCUGGAAUCUUCUAACGCUAGUGUGAAAGUACCCUUAGCCAUAUUGUUAUCAAACUGAGGGUUUAGCUAUAAUGAGUGUUUGAGCUGUCAGGGGUUCAGAGAUGAGGACUACAGUCUAAGCCAUCAGAGCAGUUUUCUGAUAGGAUUCACUGUGAAGGUAGAGCCUGCCUGUCUUCAAGUACACACAAAAUGUAAAACUGUACAGGAAAAGAUGUUGAUAUUUUUUUUAAAUAAAGUCCUAUAAAGAUUUUUUUUUUUUUGCCGAAAAUAAGUAAAAUGCAGUCAUAAUAAAAAAUUGCCCCAAAAAUGUUCAUAGCCUUUAAAUUGUUGCACCUACAAUUUCUUGACACACGUGCAGUUUUGAUUUGUGACUUUGCAGACCUCUUAAAGGGGUUGUCCAGGUUAAUAUCAGAUUAGCAGGGGUCCGACACCCGAUCAGCUGUUUGAAGUGAAUAGGAACGAGCCGUCCCAUUGAAAUGAAUGGGAUGGCUUUGGUGU